AUGAUUGUAUCUUUGUUUGAGGAAUGUGACAUCUACAGCUCUCAAUAUCUUGUCGACUACUACGAUAUUGUCGCUCCUAGCUCAAAUUCGGUGGAUGACGCAUCCUUUUAUUGGAAAUUCUAUCAGGAGCUGAGAAAACUUCGUCCUCCUACGCCUGAAGAUCCAUUCAUCAUCUGGGAUCUCGGAACAGGCACAGGCCGUGUGCUUCAUGGCCUUGCGACAAGUGCCAAGACAGCCGGUGUUGACUUUACCGACACUAUGCUGAUGGGCAUCGAUACCGCAAGAGAUAUGCUUAGAAAGGCAGAAGAUGUCACGAAAGAUCCAUUGAAAGAGCAUGUCACCUGGAUCCAUGGAUCUGCUCUCGAACUUCAAAGCAUCAUGCGAGAACAGGAGUACCAUAAAGUUGAUCUAUUGAUCUUCUCUAUUGGAUCAAUCAGCCAUCUGUCAGAGGACAGCCAGCCACAGGUGUUUCUGAAUCAAAUUUCUAAGAUCCUUCGUCGAGACACCGGACGGGCCUACAUAUCCAUCUAUGAUGGAUCGGUCAUCCAGAAGAGAGAAAGUAUUACGUUUCAUCAACCAGAAGGUAUCACAGAAGUCCCGAGCAUGGUGUAUCCAGGCAAAGUGUAUCGGGAAUACAAUCACCGGGGAGAAUUAAAGGGCAAGAUUAAAUACAUCAAAUUUGACCUGGACGUAUUGGAGCGCACGGAUGGUGAAGACCAGGAGAUAGAGAAAUACCAGAUAUCUAUGAAGAUGCGCCAAUGGGAUGAAGACGAGAUUGUGUCCAUCUCAAAUGGCACCGGGGUGAAGUUCUUGGGGAGUUCUCGCGGCAAACAUGAGACAUUCUACGUUUUCCAGGUUGCCGCAUAG